AUGACCGAUCUGGCCACAAGAAUACCUUUGGUGGAGAAGCAGCAUCGAGUUACCGACACCGAUCGGAAUGCGAAGCUUGCAAAUACCUACGUCGGUAUCACACAAUCGGCUUAUCUCACUCAAGCGCUCCGUUCCUCCUCGGUCACAAUGAUGAUGAUGGCACAUAAGGAGAAUACCACCGUUCAAUCGGCAGACGUAGUCACCACCGAGAAGGAUAGCACAAUCACGGAACCACACGCCAGUGGGUUCAUUUCCACACCGGUUUCAUAUGUGCAUGCGGGUGGAUUUCGAUAUCAAAUUCGCCGGCCGGUUGAAUCGUGGAAAUUUGUCGAGGUAAGUUAA